UACGAGGGUGAGUACAAGGCGGGUAAGAAGGAGGGGCGCGGCGUCUACCGGUGGGCCAACGGCAACCUCUACGAGGGCGAGUUCAAGGCGGGCAAGAAGGAGGGGCGCGGCGUCUUCCGGUGGGCCGAUGGACGCGUCUACGAGGGCGAGUGGAAGGCGUACAACGUCUACAACGGCGAGUGGAAGGCGGACAAGCAGGAGGGGCGCGGCGUCAUGCGGUACGCCAACGGCAACGUCUACGACGGCGAGUGGAAGGCGGGUCAGAGGGAGGGGCGCGGCGUCUGGCGGUGCACCAACGGCGACGUCUACGAGGGCGAGUACAAGGCGGGUCUGGCGGAGGGGCGCGGCGUCCUCCGGCUCGCCAACGGCGACGUCUACGAAAGCGAGUACAAGGCGGGUAAGUUCGAGGGGCGCGGCAUCUACCGGUAC